CAGGUUAUCAGUAGAGUGAGUGCCCUCUCGUAUACUGGACAAAAAGGAGCUCUGCGGACUUUCGCUAUUCUGCUGUAGGGCUAAUCGACUUGAGCCGUAUCCGAAGAGUACUGUAACUCUGCUGUUUCGACCGUAUGAGCCGCAUCAGGUCACAUGCUGCUGUGAGCAGUCUCUGCCUUUUGCCGGCUGUGCAGGGGGUGGAAAUCGGUUCAGUUCGUGGCUGGGGAUUCGAUUAAUUGGUGGGGUGCUGAGGGUGUGUGGGGCGGCGGUUACUGACUGAAGGCACGAGGAUUUUCUCGAAUGCGUAAUUGGCAUCAGUUGGCUGUGCUGCGAUGAGGUUUGUGAGCGACGAGCCUCGUGGGGAGGGAGGUGAUCGCAGUGAGCGACACUCAGUGGGAGACAUUGGCGUUGAGAAUUCGGUCGAUGCGCCUGUUUGCAGAUUAGGAAGCGACUCGGAGUUUGCAUUAAUCGUGGCACGUCGUUUUCUGGUCGGUUCGGUUCAGGGUGGGGAUUCAGCGUCCGCGGUGAACUGCGAGGGGCUGUGGUGGACAAUGGUGGAAAGGUGUAAUUGA